AAUCAAAAUUCUAAACGUCAUUAGCUUUCGAUCACGUCUGAAUGAGGAUUAUCUGCAAUCUCCUAAUUUGCAUAUUUUCUGUCGAGAGGCAAUAAAAAGUCCCAUGCUCGUGAGGUAACCAUCACUUCACAAUCACCGUAUUUGAAGUAUGCCAGCAAAGGGAGCAAAGGGAGCCAAGAAGGCCGGCAAAGGCCGCCCAAUGGGUAAGGGUGGUAAGAACAAGAGGAGGAGGAGGAGGGAGACCUUCGGUAUCUACAUCUACAAGGUGCUCAAGCAGGUGCAUCCUGACACCGGUGUCUCCAGCAAGGCCAUGGGCAUCAUGAACUCCUUCGUCAACGACAUCUUCGAGCGUAUCGCUGGCGAGGCUUCCCGCCUGGCUCACUACAACAAGCGCUCCACCAUCAGCAGCCGAGAGAUCCAGACCGCCGUGCGUCUGCUCCUGCCUGGUGAGCUGGCCAAGCACGCCGUCAGCGAGGGCACCAAGGCCGUCACCAAGUACACCAGCUCCAAGUAA